ACAAUUGGGCCAUUAUACCCUAAGUCUACCGACGCGCGCACUUGAAUACGAAACUUUUUCUUUAGGUCACUUUUGACGUUUAUUCUGAUCCUUGGGUCAAAUUCGACCAAUCGGGGGUUUCAAAAAGAGACAGAUCAAAAACCUCCUAAAUCUCGGGUCCCCAGGCUUUUCUAAUUGCCGCUUUGGUCUAAGGUCCACGGCGACAACAAACUGUUGUGUAUCGUAGAUGAAAUUGGCUUGUUGAUAUGUAGGGGUGCGUCGAAAUCAAAAUGGAACAGCGAACCUAUACGGGAAAAGAGAUAAACCAAAUGGUCGAACGACUUUUCGUGCGGGACUACACGAAUCGCAACAAGAAACGACAACCAAAGAUUGAGCGACGAACGAAAGUUGAACCGAAAGAGUUUGACGAAGAUGACGUUGAGAAGGUGGUAGAAAGAUUGACAAGAAAUGCGUCUCAGAGAGCCACGGAUGCCAACAGAACUGGAGCCAUGAAGCAGCAAGGAGUCGUGAAUACUUAUGCUUGGAAGGGGUGGAACUGAAGAGAUUAGAAUUAUGAUCAACAAGGCGAAUCAUUUGUGGGAGAUUUUAUUUAGUUUCUGCGACUUGUCAAUUCUUUGCGCAAACGAGUAGCUUUGACUGUGGAAGACAACUUGACUACCGAAUGCACUUACGAAUAAACACCGAAAGCACACGAGUAAACACCGAAUAUACGACGCCGAUUAGGGUAAGAAUAGAACGGCUUCGGACAAGUUUGUUGGUCAGUCUUAUGGUAUAGGUAGUUACCAUAUUUGGCUCGAGUUAGACUAGAGUCAUGGUAGAGUACAGUAGUGUGUCCAUCUUGUAUCAAACCAAUACACGCGCGCUGGUAAUGAUAUUGCCUUAGUUUGAGGUUCUUGGGAAACUUUUCCCACACAAUAAAAUAACAAAAUAAAUACUCUACUCCGCACAUUGCUAGAGGAGGGAGAAAGGGUUGCUUUCUCUAUGUUACAACAGUAAAGCUGAUAACAUCUUUUAUUAGCUUGCGGUGCAGGAGCUAUCUGACAAAGGCCUUCAAAUAUACAUUUUCCUGUACAGGAGUGGUCCUCAAUGUAACGGGCUCGAGACGACAUUUGAGAGUAGAUCUAAUUCAUCCAUAAAGCCUCCCUCCCUCUGUCAAAUAAUAGGACACGGAUCGACCUGUCCUCUUUUCACCACCCACUCUCCCCCCCCCCCCCCCCCCCCAAAAAAAAAAAAAAAAACGGGCAAAUGCAUAUUUAUAAUGCAAUAUUUGGGGAAUUCCGCAAAUGCUUAUAUGAAAUAUAUUUUCCCAUUUUACUUUCUUUCCCGCUAGUGGCGCAAGAGGGAGACCUUCAGCAAUGACCGCAAUAGGAAUUAUCUCUGAAUGAUUUAUUAUUUAGUCUGUUUCACAAUAGUUUGUAUAUAGUAGAUAUAAAACUUCAUUUUAUGAAAAGUAAUAAAUCAAAAACCACAAAAAUCACGAUUAUUGGCUGGUAAGAUACUGAAAACAAAGAGACUGUGGCGUUUUUGUUAAAGUUUUCAAACAAACCUAUCAAAUGACAGCAAGAAACCUUCCACCUGCUAAACACAACUCAACUCAGAUACAUCUUAGAUACACCAUGGCUAUUUUCGGCGCUACAUGCCCAGUGUUAGCGAACAACCUGAUCUCAGAUUUUUCCCGUUUGCAUGAAGAUGUUCGUGGAAUUCAGGGACUUCUUGGAAAUUGGGUCGAAAGCAAUAGUGCGAGAAAAAACAAGAGGGACAGAUUAGCUCAAGAACUAGAGGAAUUGCAGGACAGAGUAGAGGAAAGUAUCACCGCGAGGGAAAAUAAGAAUUUACCUGAGCCAGAAGAGAUGACAUUGGAAGAAAAGCUGGUUGUGUUUUUAAACUGGAGAGAUGAGUUGCAAAUUCUGCAUAGUUCAAUCGGAAGGUCGCUAGAACUAGCACGACGUAUGCGUUACAACAAGCGCCGAGAUGAUGUAGUUGAGCUCCAAGAAGUCUACGAUGAGCUGACGGACUACCUGUGUGAAACAGACCGUCUGCAUCAAAUGGCUCAGGAGAGACUGGAAGAGAUACAGAACAGCAACGAACCCCACAGAUGGAGAGGAGAGCACGGUAGGGAUGAUACGCGCGGGUCCAGGGGGUACUACUCGGACCCACGUGAGCCCCCAAGGGACCGGCAAAGAACUACACGUUCUCCUGACCCUUCCCCCUCUCGGUACUUCGAGCAGAGGCGACACAGGCAACCCAUGGGCUUAGCGAGGGGGAAGAAGAUACUGCUGGACAUCGUGAAUGACGCGGAGCAGAUUCGUCACGACAGCACGGAGACUUCCCUUCGUAUGGAAAAUGAGGUGGAGCGCCUGAAGUCUAAGAGCAUCCAGAUGGCUAAAGACCUCGUGGCGAUGAAUAGAGUGAUUGAGCACCAGAAAGAGCAGCUAGUUGAGCUGACGAGAAUGAAGAACGAGAACCGGCGAGCGGAGAGAGAGCUACAGGAGGACUGGUACGAGAAGGACGAAGACUCCCUGGGCUUCUCAAACGGACGAAGAAAUUAGGUCAAUAACGGUAGAAUUGUAACUAAGACAAAGACAAAAUGAACAAAAUAAAUGAAAUUUAAAGGAA